ACUAAUAUACCCCUUUAACCUAACGUUAACAUCGACAAAACAUCGCUCGUCUGUUCUCCAUCGCAUCUGUUCAUCGCUGCUCGCAGCCGUUAGUCUUCUCCUUCCCACCGGACGGAUAUUGUCGCAGCCACAGGUAGCUCAAAAAAUGGCAGCAAGUUCUGUUUCCAAAUGUUUUCGUGUGGGUCAUUCUUUGUUGUCUUCCAGUAUCCAAAGUUCAUCAUUAUCACAAGAAGCCACCUGCAACAAUCUCUUGACUCAGCAAAUAAGGAGAUUCAUACAGAUGAGGACGAAUCUGAAAGUUGUAGACAACUCAGGGGCAAAACGGGUAAUGUGCAUACAGGCUUUAAAGGGGAAGAAAGGGGCAAGAUUAGGGGACACGAUAGUUGCAUCAGUGAAGGAAGCACAACCAGGGGGGAAAGUGAAGAAAGGGCAGGUUGUUUAUGGUGUGGUUGUUAGGGCAGCUAUGCAAAAGGGGAGGUGUGAUGGAAGUGAAGUGAAGUUUGAUGAUAAUGCUGUUGUGCUUGUGAAUAAACAAGGUGAGCCUAUUGGGACACGUGUCUUUGGACCUGUCCCACAUGAGUUGAGGAAGAAAAAGCAUGUUAAGAUAUUGAGUCUUGCACAACAUAUUGCUUGAAGCUUUGUUUUUUUUAGAAUAAGAUUUUAUGUUUUUUGGAACGAAAAGUUAUGGUAUUAUAUGAUGUUAGUAUUUAUCUGAUUUAAUCAGUGUAUUCUGUUUUUUGAAAAUGAUUCUUGUGUUUGUUACUUCUUAACAUUAUCUAAAACAACAUGCAUCAUAGACUCUUCAAAUUAAA